AUGCCGACCUGGGAAGAAGCCCAAAACACGCCCAUCUUGCAACAUACCCAUAUCCCCCACCAUACCUGCUUUCCGUUCGGAGACGCCCACUACAUCCUGCCAGCACCCCUGGUCGACCCCCCGGAAGGCAAGUCCGCCUUUGAGUUCUACGCGACCAGGAUCUCGCGUUAUCAUGAGGAUUGGAGAAAUCGGUUCCCCAACUUUGGGGACGCUUGGGAAUUUCUCUUUGGCCCAAACACCGAACGGGACCUCCGCGAGCUUCACGAUGACGCCCGGAUCGAGAUGCUGAUCGUUGCCGAGGUCGGAUCCAACUGUCCAAGGUUCCGCGAGACUUUGGCUGGGGUUAACGAACCCCCACUCGGACUUGCCCUAGACGGUGAUGAGCGCGGCGACAUGGCAGAAGGGACGAUCGAGGAGCAGGCGAGGAUCCUCACCGUCCGAGGUAUCCAGGUGGCCAUCAAAGCUAGACUUCUCGAGGGGAAAGCUAUGUCCUGGAUGGACGCAGGGCCGGUUUUGAGGGACUGUGGGGAAUCGUGGUACCAGGGGAUGCCUCUGUUCAGGAUUGCGGUUGACACCAUGAAGCACAAGGCCCCCCGUCUUGGAUAG